UAAGUCUAGAGAUCGGAGUCCCUUUUCUCCGACGAACUACCUAUAUGAAUACGACAACACAUGAAAAUGGGUUGUGGAGACAUCAUCCUUCAUUGUGUGUAAACACAAAGCUCUACUGUUGUUUGUCUGCUGUACAUUACGAUGAAAUUUGCGAUCUUAGGAGCAACAGGUAAGACUGGUACACAGCUGGUGCUGCAAGCACUAGACAAGGGUCAUGAAGUAGUUGCUGUCUGCAGAACGCCAUCGAAAGUGACUAUUCAACAUGAGAGUUUGCAGGUUGUUGAGGGUGAUGUCAUGUCCUCUGAAUCUAUGAUUCCCAUCUUUAAUGGUUGCGAUGCUGUCUUCUCCUGUCUGGGAUCAGAUGUUGGUCUCCGCAAACAGACGACAAUUUACUCAGAUUCUAUGAAAGCCAUCAUUGCAGCUAUGCACAAAGCUGAAGUCAAGCGUCUGAUCUGUAUGACAUCAUGGUUCACAAAUUACAGCAAAAGUGACGGGGGUCCAUUCUUUACAGAAUGGAUCAUGAAACCAUUAGCCCGUCUCUUCAUUGGAAGAAUCUUGUCCAACAUGGCAGUAAUGGAGAAUUACCUCAUCAGUGAAUGUCAAGACAUUAACUUCACAAUAGUCAGGCCACCGGGUCUCCAAGACACACCUGUCUCUGGUAAGGACUUCAUGACCGAAGAACUACAAUAUGUCAAACAUGGUGGAGGGCAAAUAUCUCGGGCUGAUGUCGCAAGAUUUAUGCUGAAUGCAUUGGGCACUUCUGAUUAUGAUAAAAAAGCCAUAGCUAUUGCUAUCAAGCCUUAGUAUCCAUGAGGUUGUUAAAACUGAUGCACUCAACUUUUUACCAGUCGUUACUUAAAAGAAAAACGGUUUUAAAUUUUGAAGAGCUUAAUUUAUUGGAAUAUUUUAAUUGGAUGUAAACUGAGGAAAUAUUUGAAGAAGGGUUCAAUUAUACAUCCGGAUUGUUUGUAUUAAUGGUAAUUGUUGCAUGGAUGACAUGUAAAUACUUUAUGGUACUUCUAAACACUCAAGAAAAAUCAGGGUCAGUAUCAUUGAACUGUUCCCUUGUUAAAAGCUCAGGCCCACCUCCAUUUGAACACUCCUCCAUUAGGACAUCGCUGACUGUGCCCUGUUAGCGUGCUCAGGCCC